AUGCGUCACUGUUUCUCCAUGAUGUUACUUUUGUUUUAUGUUUGCUUUGCGACAGUAGCACUGGCUGCAAAAUUGUCCAAUGUUUGGACUCUGCUUUCAAUUACCAGCCCUCAAGGUAAUCGUCCUCAGGAUAUCCAUUCCGCUAGCUUGGGGUGGAAGAUUGCAACUGCCGAUGCCUCUUCUGGAGACACUUUUGAUAUCAUUAUGCCUGGAGUAUUUCGUACAAAGUUUGGUGAGCAACAGCUUAGACUCGUUGUAGACGAUACUACUUAUGCCUUGUGUGAUGCUUGGGAUGGCUCGUAUAUCACCGAUUACUCGAGUCUUCUGUGUACAGUGACUAGUGCUGUGAAUACUGAUCGUGACAUUACCGCAACCGGAGUUGCUACCUUUGACUUUGUGUUUGGUGCCGGUGGAUCUUCAAGAUCUUCUGACCUCUACGAAGCCAGUCUUUAUCACGCUGGAACAAAUACCAUCAACUGGAGUGGACUUUCAACCACUGUGGAUUUUGUUGGAGGACCAUUUUUCAACGAAAAUGAUAAUGAUGGUUUGGUCUACUAUUCGAGAUCAACUCCUCAGCUUAACGAACAGUUGUAUGUUUUGUCAGCCUCUUGUCCAGCUGGAAUCACCUCAGGAUACACAAUUGCUACUUUUGAAAACGACUACGACUGCUCUGAAUUCAGUCUUAAGAUGACCAAGGAUUUGAAUGACUUUUAUCUUCCUGAAGGUUAUGAAGAUGUGCCUCUGCUGCAAGUUCUUUGUCAAAGUGGUCGUAUUGUUGGAAGUUUCUCAAAUGUCCCCGCCGGAUACAGAGUGUUCUUACAAGGAUUGUACAGAUACCCAUUGACCUCGGAUACUGUGUACCACAAUUUUGGAGGAAACGUACAAUGUCUGUCGGGACAAACCAAAACCAACAAUUAUGGAAGAGAAAUUGUUGUCAUUACUGGUGACUCCGACUCCACUGGAAAUUCAAAGGAAAUCAUAGUCACCACCACCACUUGGACCGAAACAUAUACCACCGUCACCACCCUUCCAUAUGAGUCUACUGCCAGUACCAUUACCAUUGUGGUAGAGGUUCCUGAUACAGACAGAACUACCACCACUACAACGUUUACUCUGCCAUGGACGGGAUCUUUCACGACCACAAAGACAUUGCCUUAUGAGACAGAAGGUCCAACGGUGACAAUCACUGUCGAAGUCGAUGUGCCUACGCUGGCCAGCGAGAGUUCUUCGAGCUCUGAGAAAUCUAGUCUGAUUGAGUCGAGUUCCAGUUCUUUGAGUUCUUCAAGUUCUUCAAGUUCCGUCGAGGUGAGUUCUGAGGUUUCUUUAGCCACUACCACAACAACCACAACCACCACUUGGUCCAAUCCUUAUACUUCAACCACAACGUUGCCAAUAACUUUCGGUGCCACAGAGGUGACUGUUAUUGUAGAGGUUCCUGAGCUUACAACAACUACCACAACUACCACCACCACCUGGCUGAAUCCAUAUACUUCUACCACGACGCUUCCAAUUACUUCGGGAGCAACUGAAGUUACGGUUAUUGUCGAGGUUCCUACUGGAGGAUGGUCCAAUUCCAGUAUUUCGUCAACGCAAACAUCUAGCGUUUCGAAGACAUCAAUUGAGUCUUCUUCAAGUUUGACCCUGGAGAAAUCUGAGGCCCCAGAAUGUGAGACAUGCACCCUUACAAGCCAUGAAACUGUUUCGACCACAGCUACUAUCCCUUGUGAAGAGUGUCACAAGUCGCUGUCGGUAGCCGAAACGUCCCAGACUCAAGAGACUACUGAAGAGACUCAAUCGACGACAGCCGAAACCCAUAAGACAACAGAAACAGAACACUGUGAUGAAUGUGAAGCAACUGAGACCACUCCUUUGGAGCUGACGGAAACUUCUGUUCCUCUAUUGACCACGACAACGCCAGAAACACCAGAAGAGCCUGAAACAACCGUACCAGAAAAGCCUGAAACCGAAGUUCCCGAGGAGCCUGAGGAAACAACAACUCCAGAGGAGCCUGAGAUCACAACCAUUCCAGUAGAGCCUGAGAUAACAACAGAUGAGCCCGAGGUGACAGAUGAGCCUGAGGUGACAAUUUCGGAAAUUCCAGACGAGCCAACAGAAACGGAGACAGAAGAAACAGUUCCAGAAACAGAGUCGGUAGAACCAGAGGAGACAGCAGAGCCCGAAGCAACAACAGAAGAGGAAUCAGAAGAAACAUUGCCUCCUCAAUUUGCUGUUUCUGAAUUCACAUUCGAAUACAAUACUGACGAUUUUGCAGCAAGUCCUACUGAGACAGAAACCGAAGUUCCAGUAACUGAAAUUCCAAUUACUGUAACUUCGGUUGCUGCCGAAUCUAUUACUGCCUGUAGUGUGUCUGUGUAUAGCGGUACAGCGUCAAAACUCGUCCCCUCAUUGAUGGUGAUUCUACUCACGUUGUUAGUUUAG